AUGCUAUGCAACUUGAGUCAUGGUACAAACAAGCUACAGUGCGUGUGUGGGGGGGCCGAUCUCGGGACUUAUCGUCCGGAGCCUGCGGAGAGCCACCUCGUACAUUCACUCUAUCAACUCUUUCCUUCUUUCUUGUUUUCCUCUUUUUUUUUUUUCCGUCCCAGAUAUAUUCGGCAUCUUUAA